AUGGACGAUUUUACCGUCUAUGGGGACACAUUUGAUCAAGGGCUAAAUAGCCUGAACAAAGUGUUGGAAAGGUGCCGGCAAAAGGACUUGGUUCAAAAUUUUGAAAAAUGUCAUUUCAUGGUCACUGUAGAAAUAGUCCUGGGCCAUGUGGUGUCAAGCAGAGGGAUAGAAGUGGAUCAAGCCAAAGUGGCAGUUAUAGCAAAACUCCCAUACCCGACGAAUCAGAAGAAGAUCGGGGAUUUCUUGGGCCACGCGGGAUUUUACAGGCAAUUUAUCAUAGAUUUUGCGAAGAUAGCCCAGCCCCUGACAAGGCUACUCCAGAACAAUGUGGAGUUCGAGUUUUCUAAUGCCUGGAAGGCCGCCUUCCAGCUGUUGAAGGACAGACUGAUCAGCUCUCCGAUCAUACGCACCCCCGACUGGAGUCACCCCUUCGAGGUGAUGUGCGAUGCAAGAGACUAUGCAAUAGGGGCGGUCUUGGGUCAAAAGAUCAACGGAAAGAGUUAUGUUAUCUUCUACGCCUCAAAGACUCUAAAUCAAGCGCAGAAGAAUGACUAUACGACCGAGAAGGAGAUGUUGUCAGUGGUUUAUGCCUUCGAGAAGUUCAGACCUUACCUAUUGUGUGCAAAGGUGAUUGUCUACACAGACCAUGCGGCUAUCAAAUACCUCAUAGCAAAGAAAGAGUCAAAGUCGCGCUUGAUUAGGUGGGUCCUCCUUCUACAAGAGUUCGACUGGGAGGCGGUCGACAAGAAGGGAAGCGAGAAUACAGUGGCUAAUCACUUAAGUCGAAUCAUGCAAGAAGAUAAUGGGGAAGCCAUCUCUGACGCCUUCCUUGAGGAUCAUUUAUACCUGAUCAAGUCAACGUCCAGCCUUCAGUGGAUCAACCGAGCUGAGAGGAUUGAUCAAGCUGACCGAGGGAGGGAGAUCCAACACAGGCAUAAGGAGCCAUGGUUUGCGGACAAGGCUAACUAUCCGGUGACGGGCGAGUUGCCCGGAAAUGAUGAAGCCACGAGAGCACAGAAGCAGAAACUCAAAAGCGACUCCCGAUACUUCUAUUGGGAUGAUCCAUACUUGUGGAAGCUGGGGGCGGAUCAAGUCAUCCGACGUUGCACACCAGAUUGGGAACAAGAUGACGUGUUGGUCCACUGCCAUGCACUAGCUUGUGGCGGUCACUUCGGGCCAAAGAAGACAGCGAGGAAGGUACUGGACAACGAUUUUUACUGGCCCUCCAUCCAUAAAGACGCAUACGAGUUUAGCAAGAGAUGCCCCAGAUGGCAGCUGACUGGAGGAAUUUCUGCAAAAGAUGAGAUGCCACAGAUCCCCACAAUAGUAUGCGAAAUAUUGGAUGUGUGGGGAAUGAACUUCAUGGGACCCUUCCCAUCUUCUGAAAGCAAUCUCCAUAUUCUGGUGGCAGUGGACUAUGUGUCCAAUUGGAUAGGGGCGAAGGCGACGAGGACGUGUGAGUCCAGGACCAUCGAAGCUUUGAUGAGGAAAUAUGGCAUACACCACCGACUGUCCACACCUUACCACCCGCAGUCAAAUGGCCAGGCUGAAGUGUCGAACAAAGAGAUCAAGGCGAUCUUGGAGAAGACAGCAAACCCCACGAGGAAAGAUUGGAGCCGUCGACUGGAAGACGCGCUUUGGGCUUACAGGACCGCUUUCAAGACGCCGAUCGGAAUGUCCCCUUACUGGCUGGUAUUAGGGAAGAUGUGCUAUUUUCCUGUGGGAGUCGAGCAUCAAGUAUUCUGGGCGAUCAAAGAGAUGAAUCUGAAUGCCGAGUCUGGUGCUGAAGAAAGGAGAAUGCAGCUGCAAGAGCUUGAGGAGCUCCGCCUUGACGCUUACAACUCUGCCAUGUGGUAUAAAAGAGAAGACAAAAUGUGGCAUUACAAGAACCUUCGCAAGAAGGAGCUCAAGGUGGGCCAGAAGGUGCUGCUAUUCCAGUCAAGGCUCAAGUUGAUGCCUGGGAAGCUGAGGUCAAGGUGGACAGGCCCCUAUACCAUCAUCGCCAUGCGAGCGAAUGGAGAGAUCGAACACCAAGGAAGCGAACCUGAUUCUUCUUCCUUUCUGGUGAAUGGGCAUAGGGAAAAGCCAUACAGAGAUGGAAUGGAGGUGUGUGUGGUGUACGACAUUCCACUGCUCAUGCCUAACUCUCGCCGGUAG